AUGGGGGCACCGUUCGAGGGAAUCAUUCAAGAUGUUAAAGGAAGAGUUAAAUGCUAUAAACAAGAUUGGGUCUGUGCAAUCUGUUCUGGUGUUAGCAUAUUGGCUCCAACUUUCUACAUAUUCUUUACUUCUGCACUUCCUGUUAUUGCAUUUGGAGAGCAACUUAGUAGGGAUACAAAUGGAAGCUUGAGCACGGUCGAAACAUUAGCAUCUACUGCUAUUUGUGGAAUUAUCCACUCGAUUAUAGGUGGCCAACCUUUGUUGAUUUUAGGAGUUGCGGAACCGACUGUUAUAAUGUAUACUUAUCUCUACAAUUUCUGCAAAAAUACACCUGAUUUGGGUGCUGAGCUCUUUCUAGCUUGGGCUGGUUGGGUUUGUUUUUGGACAGCGUUAAUGUUAAUUUUGCUUGCAAUUUUUAAUGCUUGCAAUAUUAUCACUAGAUUUACAAGAAUUUUAGGGGAGUUAUUUGGCAUGCUUAUCACUGUUCUUUUCUUUCAAGAGGCUAUAAAGGGACUGUCAUUUUUUUCUCUAGGACUAAUCGUCUUCGCACUUAAAAGCAGAAGAGCAAGAACAUGGCGAUAUGGAACAAGGAAACUACGAGGCUUUAUUGCAGAUUAUGGGGUUCCAAUGAUGGUUGUGUUGUGGACUGCAGUAUCUUAUAUAAAGCCAAGCACUGUUCCACAUGAUGUUUCUAGAAGGCUGUUUUGUCCACUUCCUUGGGAACCCGCGUCUCUUUAUCACUGGACAGUAGCGAAGGAUAUGUGGAAGGUACCUGUGGUUUAUAUAUUUGGGGCAAUUAUUCCAGCUUCGAUGAUAGCGGAUUUAUACUUUUUCGAUCAUAGUGUGGCUUCUAAGAUGGCACAACAGAAAGAAUUCAACCUUCAAAAACCAUCUGCCUACCAUUAUGACGUUUUCCUACUUGGAAUAAUGACUUUGAUUUGCGGUCUCCUCGGCCUUCCUCCUUCAAAUGGAGUCCUUCCACAGUCCCCCAUGCAUACAAAGAGUUUGGCAGUUCUUAGGAGACAGCUGAUCCGAAAGAAGGUUGUGAAAAAUGCCAAGAAAUACAUUGAGGCUGGUGCCUUAGAGCAUGCAAGAACUCUUGGUCCAAAAGGGUCAGACCCACACAAGGCAGCAGUUAUUGGUGACGCCAUUGGAGACCCAUUGAAGGAUACAUCUGGACCUUCACUUAACAUCCUUAUCAAACUGAUGGCAGUUGAGUCACUGGUGUUUGCUCCUUUCUUUGCAACCCACAGUGGUCUCCUCUUCAAGUUUUGGUAA